AUGUCUGAUCUGAAGAAAGACGAAGUUUCACACCUCGAGAUGGACGAAAUCCCAGUAAAAGAAGACAUCGAUGCGGAGGAGAUUGAACUCCAAAAGGCAAUCAAAGAUUAUGUUCCAAACACCGAAGCGGAGAAGAGGCUGGUCCGCAAGAUUGACAUGCAUUUGAUUCCCAUUCUGUGGAUCAUGUAUGUUUUGAACUAUGUUGAUCGUACCAACAUUGGAAAUGCUAAAACCGCUGGCAUGGACAAGGACCUCGGCCUUGAUAGCUCUCGCUACGCUUGGGUUAUAUCAAUCUUCUUUUUCGGUUAUUUGAUUAUGGAAGUACCAUCAAACAUGGUUCUCAGCCGCUCUCGACCAUCUCUUUUCCUUCCAGCAAUCAUGUUGGUUUGGGGAGCCUUAAGUGCUGCUAUGGCUUGUGUACAGAACUAUGGAUCACUUCUUGCUUUCCGAUUCGUCCUUGGCUGUGUCGAGUCUGGAUUCUUCCCUGGUGUCUUGUUUAUGAUGUCAUGUUGGUACAAGACUGAGGAAAUUGGCAAACGUUUCGCCAUCUUCUACAGUGCCGCGGUCUUGUCGGGAGCAUUCGGUGGUCUCCUUGCUGGUGGAAUCACAGGCGGUCUUGAUGGUGCUCAUGGUAUCCACGGAUGGAGAUGGCUUUUCAUUAUCGAAGGAGUCGCAACUGUCGGCGUGGCAGUCAUCGCAAAGUUCAUCUUGCUCGACUUCCCCCACUCUUCUUCGGCACUGACCCUCGAAGAACGACAACUCGCAGCUGUCCGCAUCAUCGUUGAUAGCAAGGAAGCCAAUGGCGGCAACCACGAACGUCUUUCCCACUGGGAAGCAUUCAAAGCUGCUGCUGUCGAUCCUCGCACCUACGCAUUCAUGCUCCUCUUCGUGCUCGAUCUCGGUGCCGGCACAAUCUCCUACUUUAUUCCAACUAUCACCAAGUCUCUCGGCUACACCACCAUCACCGCCCAGUACAUGACCGUGCCAGUCUACUCCGUCGCAGCUGUCUGCUUGAACGCAUGUGCAUACUCCGCUGACCGCAUGGGGGAGCGAAGAUGGCAUAUCACCGGUUCUUUGACACUUGGUUUCGUCUGCGCUCUCGUUUGCGCAAUUGUACAGACUCCCAUGGUCCGCUAUGUCAUGCUUUGCUUCGUCGCAGCAGGAAUUUGGUCGGCCCUCCCGCUCAUCAUCGCAUGGGCAUCCAAGACCAUCUCCUUCCCAUCCGAGAAGCGGGCUAUUGCCAUCGCUAUGAUCAAUGCUGUAGGCAACCUCUCCUCCGUCUACGGAAGUCAGAUCUGGCCUUCUACUUCAGCACCCAAAUAUACACUCGGAUGGGGUGUCACUGCGGGUUUCCUUGGUGGUGGUGCGCUUAUGGCUGUUAUGUUGCCGAUUAUAAUCAAGUAUCUGCCCAGGAGGGGGACAAAGGCCGAGAGAGCGCUGCAAGAGAGAGGCGAGAUGCUUGAAGCUGUCGCGGAAGCGGAGAGACAAAGAGGUGUUUAG